AUGAUUGCAUCAACCCAGAAGUCAACCAUCAAGUUUGGCAGCCUUCCGACGAUGGAGAAAGCGACUGUCAAUUCAUCUAAGUCCAGCGAUACCUGGAGUCCAACCUCAUGGACUACCAAGAAAACAAUCAUUCAAGAAGUCCAGUACAAGGACCCCAAGGCUCUGCACGACGUCUGCAAUACAAUCGCAAAUUUGCCGCCUCUGAUCACUCCAGAGGAAGUCGAAGCUGCUCGAAGUCAAUUCGCUGAUGCAGCUCUCGGAAAGGCAUUCGUUUUGCAGGGAGGUGACUGUGCCGAGAGCUUCCAUGACGUGCGUCCUCAUGUCGUCAACCAGAAGGUCAGACUCCUGGAGGAGCAAUCUCAUAUCCUGGCUCAAGGACUGAACCGACCCGUGGCCACCGUUGGAAGAAUCGCUGGCCAGUACGCUAAGCCACGGUCUUCUCUAUGGGAAACGCUAGCGGAUGGGACUGAGGUGCCUACAUUCAGAGGCCACAAUGUCAACGGACCCGAGCUGUCUGAACGUCAGCCUGACCCUCAUAGACUCUUGCUUGGAUACUUCCAUUCCCAGGCUACUCUAAACCUCAUGCGCGGGCCAGACGCGCUCUCCACACCACCAACGGGGUCUUUCCCAUCUACUCCUGCUGAUGGUGAGGAGGGAGCGAUUCAAAGAGCAAAUGGAGGAACAAUCUAUACGUCGCACGAGGCUCUUCAUCUGCCCCUUGAGAGCGCCUCCACUGAUGGCCGCUACAACACUUCGGCCUCAUUCAUUUGGAUCGGUGAGAGAACUCGACAGCUUGACGGCGGCCAUGUCGAAUAUGUGCGUGGUCUUCGAAACCCCAUCGGUAUAAAGGUUGGGCCUACUAUGACUGGAGAAACAUUGGUGGAAUUGCUGAACAGCAUCUGCCCCAAUGCUCAAGACGAAGAGCAUAUUGGGCGCAUCACUAUCAUCACUCGGUUUGGAGCGGACAAGGUUGAGACGGUUCUCCCGCCCCUUAUCCAGGCCGUUCGCAAGUCUGGUCACAGACCCCUUUGGAUGUGCGAUCCAUGCCACGGCAAUACUUGCACUGCCAGCUCCGGACAUAAGACACGCCAUGUUAGUUCUAUCCUGCGGGAGGCAACGACAUGCUAUCGUGUUCAUAGGGAGAACGACUCUACUCUCGGAGGUCUCCAUCUCGAACAAACCGGAGAGUUUGUCACUGAAUGUGUUGACGGCUCGGACAUGGGCUCAGAAGAGAAACUCGGUACGAAUUAUCGGAGUCUCUGUGAUCCGAGACUGUCAUACCUGCAGGGUUUGACUGUUGUUCGUGGAUUUGUUGACUUCGCAGCACACAUUGAUGCAAAGUAUCAAUAA